AUGCGAACAUCAGGCGCUCUCCCCAAUUUCCUCCCACCGUCUUCUCCCGAACUAUCCAAGCUCCUAUCGACCUUCAACUCUCAAAUUCUCCUCCCCGAACACUUGACCAAAGAGCAACAGAAGCUCGUAUACUCGCAAGAGAGCCGCGCAAAACUCGAAGCCGAGCCUAUAGAAAUUACCUUGGGAGAGGUUACCCUGCCUCUUGAACACCUCGACCGCAAUAGGCUACCGAAUCGUUACAAGCGGCUCAGGGAGAUUUGUAACCAAAGCGAAACCAAGGAGGACUGGGAGAAUGUUGUCAGAUGCUUGGAGGGAUUCCAAGAGGCCGGGAUCAAGGUCCACUGGCAGUGGCAGGAGCUCGUUAUCAGGAAGUUGAACCUUGCAGGCAUGCAGCAUCUUGUUCUGAAGGCGUUGCAAAGAGCAAAGGAAACCGGCGUCAAGCUGAACAAUUACGGUGUUUUGCGUGCGGUGUUGAGGACUGUGCACGACAAAGCGGCUCUGGCCGAUUGGGCACAGGACGAUACAAUCAGGGCGCACAAACUGGCGAAGCAAGUGGUGGAGCUCAUGGAGGAUGAGGAACACUAUGUAGGCAAGAGACCACGCGGUGUGAAACCGCGCGGAAAACCAGACAAGUUUGCCGAAGGCGACUACAGAGGGAGGCCAUCUGUGGUUGCGCUGCCGACAGAAAUGGCUGCUGUACUCGCCGACAGAUACGGUGGAGACAAAGAGGAGGUCAAGAAACUUUCUAGCCGCCUGAUCCACGCGUUACAGCAGAGUGGAUACACGACAUCGCUAGAUGCUAUAUCUAGAAACUCUGACGCGAGAGCUACUGAUUUCGUGAACGUCACCAAACUUUUGGAACACAUCACCGACCACUGCUACGAACUUCUUGAGGUACUCAUCAUAUGGAACGCUCUUAAGACGUCUCGCAAAGUGCUCGGCGCUGAAAUGCCCAUGUCAGAAGAGGCACAGACGUUCGAGACUAGAACAAAGCUAGUAUUGAUCGAGGGUGUACGGUCGCUGGACGACAUGUCCAAAAACAAGGAGGGCAAGCCGCUGAUACCGGCAUAUGUGCGCUACAUCAAGGAUACUGUUGAGAAGACCCAAGGAGAAAGUUACGCAUAA